AUGACAAGAAGGUGGGAUGCUUCUCCGGGCCCCGCUGUGCGCGUCACGGGCGACUCGACCCGAAUGAUUUCGUCGGAUCUCUUAUGCCCCUCGGAAGAGUCGGCCCAGCGACAACGCCGGUAUGUUGCCCCGGGGCACGCCAUCCCCGAUGGUGCGGGACAAGUGGGCAGCCAAAACCAGCAACCGCAUUUUUGUCAGAGUUGCCCUCGACCCGUAACGCAAAACUUGGCUCCGCCCGCCCCACACGUGGCGCCCAGCACUGGGCGACAUCAAGAUCCACCGCAUGAUCAUCGCUCCCAUUCUCGUGGAAAUCAUGGCGUGGAGGAGAACAGGAGGCAUAUAUGCAUUCGCAUGUUUCUUCCGCCAUCAUUUCCGGAUACAAACGCGCGCGGAGAAAAAAAGAACCGUGAGCUGCGUUCUUGGCGUGACUUACCGGCAAACCCUCUCAAUGGACUUCCCGGGUUGGCAACCCAGGUGGUACCCGUAGAUCGUGAGGAAUGCAAUUUUUACUGCGAUGCCUGCCAGAAAGGGUUUUUUUCCCAAGAGCGAUACGACGGGCAUAUGAUGGACCAUGUCUGGUGUACCAUGCCAGGCUGCCGCUUUACCUGUCUAAAGGGCAAGGAGUGGAAGAUGGAGAUGCAUAUGGAGACGCUUCACAAUCGUCCGGAUGCACCCAAUCUUGCGGACGUUGGAGCGUAUCUGUCACAACGAAGGCAGCGUUUUCCCACACAAGAUGCGGUGAAAUCGAAGGUAGAGGAACUAUUUUACAAGGCAUCCAGGGGAGUUAUCAUUCCGGACGAACGUCGGCGGUGGCUGCGCCAGCAUGGCGUCUUGGUGAAGAAAAAUCCCCGAACAGAGGAGACAUAUAUUGAUUCGGAUGCACUACGACGGCCCGCAAAUGCCGCAACAAAUAAAGCAGUUGAAGGACACCAGGGACAAAAAGAGCAACAACAACAACAACAACAGCAGCAGCAGCAGAACGACGAGGAAAGUGGAGAGAAGGAGGAGAACACGGAGAUGAAUGUUCCACCGGUUUCCAUUAAAAACCCACAUGAAGAGGGGAUUACUGUAAAUGAAAAUCCCGCGAUGGCAGCGCCAAACCCUUCAGCCCACGGCCGUCCAAAGCGGAUUAUUCCUCUUGGCCCAAACGGUACCCUGACACGAGGCCAGAAGGUGCAGCUUAUCCGUGACAGAUAUCGUGAUGCAAAGACCGUUCCUCGCUUCUACGUGUGUCACCGCUGUGGGGAGAAGGGCAACCAUUGGGUUGACGAAUGCCCCAAGAGGGACGACGAGAACUUUGGACGGCAAACCGUUUGGGGUGAGGAGCGUCUUGAGCCGGCACGGCAGAAACACCGCACGGAGGGCGAAAAGGAAGAAGAGAAAGCAAAAACAAAAAACAUAAAUGAGAAUGAGGGACAAAUGGAGGACAUCCCUUCACCCCCAGGAGGUGGUGGGGGGAACACAAAAGGCAGCACGACAGCUUUUUGCGAGGGAAAGGACCUGGCGGAGGAUGACGGGGCCUUGGAGCUUGUGGAGGAUGACGCUGACCCGCCGGCCGAAUCGUCUGCGAGGAGGGACGACGCCACGGGAGACUCAACAAACCCGACGACGGAGGUCAGCCGGAUUUUGGCGCCUGUUGCCGCCGCCGCCCUAACGAAAAAAAAGGGGAAAGCACAACAGAUGGGAUCGUCACGAUCCCGCACUCGGCCGCCCCCGCCACCCACACUGUAUGAGCGUCUGGUGGAAUCCCGAAAAGCGAAUGAGCAGGGCCUUCUUCUUCAGGCCUUUCGUUUUUUUGUCAUGCGUAGAUUUUUUGAGCCGCUGUGA